UCCAUAUUGAGAAUCUUUUAAUGGAUCCAAACAACCCAAAUUUCCGUCAACAAUUUUCUGGUUUUAGUGAUGAUUUCCUAACUAAUCCCGAGUUUCAAUUGUUCUUGCAAAGAAUGGGCAAUACGUCUUUGCAACCACCUCCACAGUAUCAGACACCUACUCAGUUUCCCCUACGAAACCAUGUUAAUGAAGAAUGUACACCUGAAAUUGAACAUGAUAGCAACACACAAUUCGAUGAGAGCGAAGAAGACAACGUACCAGAGACGCCGCAAUAUCCUCCACCAGUUCCCGAACUGAAAUCCAACCAGGUUGUUGCACGAGCGACUCGAAUUUGGUCAGUUGCGGAAGAUGAGGACAUACUGCGGGACAUAAUGAAAACAUGUAUCAUUAUGCACAACAUGAUUGUUGAAGAUGAGCGCCACAACUACACUCGAGCCGAAGUUCUAAGAGCCUUCUACGAAGAAGAUCAACAAGAAUCAACACCAGCAUCAACAUCUACAACGCCACCGUUUGAAUUCAACGUAGGCCGACCUACCAACUUUGAUUUCAACGCAUUUCUACAGCGAAAAGCUUCCCUCCGUGACAGAGAAAUUCAUCUAUCUCUGAAACGUGAUUUAGUCGAACAUAUUUGGCAACACUACGGGCCACGUAAUUAGGGAGAAAUUAGCACGACUUAAAUAAAGCCAAGUACUAUGGCGUAGCUACUUUUACUUGUUGUGUUUAUUUUAUUUCCUAAGUUUAAUUACGCAUGACGUUGCAAAUGUAAUUGGUUUCUAGUAUUGUACCGCUUUUAAAAUAAAUAAAAACAUUUAAGAAAUUUUGAGCUUUUUUAAAUUUUUUUUUUAUAUAACGUACUUAAUUUUACGACAAAUUUUAACGAUAAAAAGGACAAAAAUAAAAAAAAUAAGUUACACAAAUUUUAACUAGUUUUUAUUUAUUUGGAGUAACAUUGUUAAAAUA